AUGGAUGACUCAUAUUCUACAGAAUCUGAGUCAUUAUUUGAGGAUAUACCUUUUACUAAGAGGAGUCAAAAUCCUUUUGCAGAUGAAAGCGAAGAUUUAGGGUUGCAAAAAAAUCAAAUUACAAAAUUGCCUCAAGAAAAUAAAAUUCAAGACAAAAAAUCACAAAAUCAGAAUAACGAUGCAUCAUACGAAUAUGAAUAUGAAAUUUACGAGGAGGAAGAUGAACCUUCGAUUGAAGAUAUUCCAAAAAAUAAUCAAAACGAUUCAAAUACUACAAAAAAUGCGAAUAAGGAUGAAAAAAUAAAAACUGAUAUUACAGAAAAUUCUCAAAGCAAAUUAAAUCUUGCUAAUAGAUCUGAAAAUUCAAAAAAUCUUGAUACAGGAAGUAACUUACAAACAAAUAUUGUUAAGACACAAGAUAAAUCAUCUACUGGUGUCGAUAUUUCUGAUAGUGGAACUAAUGCAAAUUUAAAGGUAAAUAACAAGCCAUCAGGGCGAAAAUUACUUCAUUAUAGUAGUUCUUCAGAUAAUGAAAACGAUUCUAAAUUAGCUGCAAAAAAGAAACUAAGCGAUCUUGAUUUUCCAAAGCCCAGCUCACCAAAGACUGAGAGUGAUGACAGUGAAUCAGAUUUACAUGAAGUUUCACAUAAAAACAUACUAAAUUCUAAUGAUGAACGCAAAGAAACAAAAAGAAUACUACGUCAUAAAAGCACAUCUGAAAGUGAAGAAGACUUAUCGCUUAAUUUGAAAUCAAAUCAAAAUGAAGCAUCUAACAAAAAUAAUAAUGCGUCCAAAAGAAUACUACGUCAUGAAAGCACAUCUGAAAGUGAAGAAGACUUAGGGCUUAAUUUGAAAUCAAAUCAAAAUGAAACAUCUAACAAAAAUAAUAAUGCGUCCAAAAGAAUACUACGUCAUGAAAGCACAUCUGAAAGUGAAGAAGACUUAAAGUUAAAUAUCAAAUCAAAUGAUAAUAAAGCAAAAGAUAAUGAUCAAAAUGCAUCUAAAAGAAUUCUUCGGCAUGAAAGUACUUCUGAAAGCGAAGAUUUAUCAAUUGAUACAGAACCAAAUGAAAACCAAACAUCUAAUAAAGAUGUAGAUACAGUAAAGCGAAUUGUAUCUCAGGAAAAUGCAUCAGAAAACGUAGGAACUGAAUCAGAAAUAAAAUUACAUAAAAAUAUUCAAAACCAAAAUGAACAAAAAGAAACAAAGCAAAUAAUUCAUCAUGAGAGUACUUCUGAAAGUGAUGAAGAUUUAUCACUUGAUCUCAAAUCAAACAAAAGUAAAACAACUGAAAAUAAUGAUAUUACAUCAAAGCAAGCUCUACAUCAAGAAACUACUUCAGAAAGUGAAGAUGAUUUAUCACUUGAUAUUGAUUUGAAAGAUAAUAAAUUCCAUCAGCAAAAUAAAAGUAUAAAUAAAGAAAAUGAAAUUGAAAAUAAAUCUCAAUCAAUAAAGAAAGAAGAUGAUGUAAAUCAGGCUGAAAUUUCUUCAAAACAGUUAACAAGCAUAAACAUUGGAGUCAAAACAAAUGAAGAAGAAACAUCUAUGGAAGAAACAGAAUAUGAAUAUGUAAUUGAAUAUUCAGAACCAUCAAUCAAUCCAAUCAAUGCUGAUCAUAAACUUGAAGAAAGUAAUAAUAAAGAGGCGAUUACACAAGUACCUAAUACUGUUGCAUCGAAAGAUCAAAUCCAAACUUCACCUGGCAGUGAUAUCAAAGAAAAAAGUAUGCUUUCAAUGAAUCAAAAUCGAUUAGAAACAUCUGAAAAAAGUAAAAACAAUAACGAUAUUUCUGUUGCUAAUAAAGGAAUCAAUAAUCUUCAAACAAAUAAUGAUGACAAAGAUGAAUCUUCAGAAUUAGAAGAUGAAGCAAUUGAUGAAAACCUGGAAAAUAUCAUUAUGACUAAAAAGAAUAUACAGCUUUUAUCAAGUAAUACUAAAUCUGAAAUUUCUACUGAUAAUAAAGAUCAAGAUCAACAUUUAAGUGCUUCAAGUGAUAGUGAAGAAAUUGAUGAAAAUCUUGCAAAUAUUAUUAUGACCAAAAAGAAUAUUCAGCCUAUAUCGCUAAACUCUAAAUCAGAAAAUCCAGAAAAUAUAAAAACUUCGACUCAAGAUUCAACAGAUACAAGCAGCGAAGAAGAAAUUGAUGAUAAUCUUGCAAAUAUCAUAAUGACAAAAAGAAAUGUACAGCCUCCUGCAGUAAAGCUUCAUGCUGAAAAUUCGGGAAAUCUAAAAACAACAACUCACAACCAAACUAGUACAAGUGAAAAUGAAGAAAUUGAUGAUAAUCUUGCAAGCAUUAUAAUGACGAAAAGAAAUAUUGAUACGGUUUCGAUAAAGUCAAAAACAGAAAUUCACGAAGAAAUGAAAGCAGCAUCUCAAGAUUCAGAAAAUGCAAAUGGCGAAGACAUUGAUGAUCAUCUCGCAAACGUCAUAAUGACAAAAAGAAAUAUCCAGCCUCCUAUUGUAAAACUCCAAAAAGAAAAUAUUAAAGAGACAACUCAAAAGCCAAUUAUUACAAGUGAAAAUGAAGAAAUUGAUGAGAAUCUUGCAAACAUCAUUAUGACUAAAAAGAAUAUUCAACCAAUAUCAGUUAGUAAUAAACUUGAAAAUACUGAAAGAAUAACCACAUCCACAGACAAAGCUAGCAAAAAUGAAGAAAUGGAGAGUUUCUCAUAUAAACAGAAAGUCCAAAUAAAUGAACCUCAUAGAGUUUUGCACGUAAGUUUUAAUGAUGAUGCAAAUUAUACUCCAAGUGAAGGAAAGUAUAUUUCUGAUAAAGAAAAUUCAAUUGAAGACGACAGAGCAGAUGUAAUAGAAGGACUGAAAACAAUAAUUAUUGAGAAAUCAGCAAUUAUUACAGAACAGAAUAUCAAAAUUGAAGAAUUGAAGAAAUCUCUCAUGGAAGCUACAUCAAAGCUAGAAUCAGAAAAAUAUUUGUACGAGCAAGAAAAAGAAAGAAGAUCUUCUAUUAUUAAAGAGCAGAAAAGACUUUCAAAACAAUUACAAAAUUUAGAUGCAGAACGAAGUAAAGUUCAAGAAGGAAUAGACGAAAUAGACAAAGGAAGUGAGAAAUUAAAGGCACAGAUCUUAGAAUUAAAAACAAGUAUCAUGAAUAACAAAAAUGAAGUCAAAAAAUGCUCAAAAUCGAGGAAAACUUCAUUAAAAACAGAAAGUCAAUGCCAAACAAACGUUAAAAAGCUCCAAAACGAGCGCUCAAAACUAAUUCAAAUUAAAAAUGAUCUUAUGUCGAGAAUUGAACGCAUAAAACCAAUACAAAUUAACAUGUCUGAGUGCCACUACAAAAUUGAUACUCAUGUUUCAAUUAGAAAAUACAAUGCUGAAACAAUCCAAAUGUUGAAGGAAAAAAUCUCAAAUCUUAGUAACGAAUGUGAUGAAUUGCAAGGGAGAAUUCAGCAUCAGCAGGAGAUAAAUGAUACAAUUCGACAAUUUCUGAAAAAUUAA